AAGUCAUUGCAUUACUCAAUGGCAAACAAGAUGCAUAAAUCCUUCUUGUGUUUUGUCAUCUAUGUUUUAGUUAUUGCAGUACAAUUGAUGCAGGUAGUAGAAGGUAACACACCAUGCACAAUAAUUCAGGGAAGAUGUGCUCCCGAAAAUUGUCAAGAGAAGUGUACCAACUAUGGAGCAGGCACUUCAUCUACACUUUUAGGAUCGAAUUGUAACUUCUACAACUUAUGCACAUGUGUAUUCGAUAGGCCACCAUUUGGAAGUUCAUGCAAAGUUGGUAUUGGACUCUGCUCAAGUCAAUGCGGUGAUUCUUGUUGUGAUGGAAAUUGUAAGGCUAGAUAUAUACACACAGGUACUGGGAAAUGUGUGCAUGACUUUGACACUCAUCUCUACUAUUGUAACUGUGUCUAUCAACGUUGAGUGUAUUCUUUAUUGAAAUAAAUAAGAUCAAAUUAAAUAAAUUUUUUAAUUUUUUU